GUAUCCGAUCGCUCCACGUCACCCUUCUAUCAACAAUCCGACAAGGAGGACGUAGAGCGGUCAGCUCAGCAUGGUAUACAUAAAGUAGACAAUACAUCUAUAUAUUUUUUGUUGUUGGUCUUCUGUGUGCGCCAGAAUGGAAGCGGAUGAAGAAACAACAGAGAUAAAAACAGAGACGACCGUCGAAAACCAGGAUCUAAGUUUCCUACAGCAAACUGUGGGAGUGUUUGUGGCUGAAUAUGGCUGGUGCCUGCUCCUCCUCUGUGUGGGAGUUUACUUGCUCAUCCAACACCUCAGCAAACGGAGAUCCAGUCAAGAAGCUCACUGGUCUGGCCAGGGAACUGAUGAAGUGGAUACUGUAGCGGUGGUGAAACGCCAGGAAGCCUUAGAAGCUUCUCGGAGACGGAUGCAGGAGGAGCUGAAUGCUAAAGCAAUGCAGUAUAAGGAGAAGCAACAGACACUGCAGGAGGAGAAGAGGAAGCAGAAGAUUGAGAUGUGGGAGAGUAUGCAGCAGGGAAAAAGUUACCAGGGAAACGCGAACGUUUUAAACAGUACAGAAGAGGCCAGUACAUCCACCGUGGUGAAACCCAAGUCUGAUAAAAAGCCUCUUAGGAACAGUGGGUUCAAUCCUCUGACAGGGGAAGGAGGAGGAGCCUGUGUGUGGCGACCAGGCAGAAGAGGGCCCUCUGCUGGUGGAUGAGGCUAAAGACCGUCGGAGUGACGCUGCCUCAGUGACACUCUGACUCCACUCUAGGGCAUACACAGACCGUCUGACUGGAGCUGCCAGCUCUCAUUGUCUUUUUGUGUUAUAUAAACCCCGACCCUAACGCCACAAAAAUGGGUUAACUAUCUACACUGAUUGAAUGGCAAAUGUAAUAGGUAUUUAAUUCUCACUUUUUGAAAAAGUAUAUAUGAAAAAUGCAAUGGGCUGCUUUGUGGGAGUGCAGGCUUAGCUUUUGCACCACAAGCAUGGGUUUAGCCACUUUCCACCAUGACGGCAGGUUGAGACCAUUAGAUGAGUGAUUUAGAUUAAUAAUUUGACUCUUGACUGAGCCAACUGACCUGGGCUCCACAGGAGAGGAGGGACCCUGUUGGCUUCAUCCUUCCAUAGUAGGGUACGCUUGAAGACCAGAUUUCCUGUGGUUACCGCUCCACCAGUACUCCUGGGCUACUUGCCUGGUAUUGACAGGGAACCAGUUGUUGGCAAAAGGUGUUCCCCACUGAUUGUCAGUAGCCCCCCUGUGGACUGCCAAGCAGGUUGUUCUGUGUAUAACUGGUCACUGGUUCAUGCUUUUUUCAGCUGCUGUGCACUUUGGUAUGUGCUGUGGUUAGAAUAAGUAGUGACAAACAUGUGGUCAUAAUGACCAAUCCAAAAAUGGGGUGGGGUUUAAAAAGGCCAAUGAGACUGCCAGCUUACAAUGAAGCCGCCCCUGUAAAGGGCAUGUUGGUCUGUAGGGGUGGCUGAUGUGGUUCAGAGGCUUGUAUGUUCUGAGUUUUUUUUUUUUUUUUUUUUCCUUAAUAUUUACAGUAGAAUUUAUAAAGCUUGUCUAAUUGUGAGAUUAAAGAAGGAUGGCUACUGCAGUGCACAAUGACCCUGUAACUAGUGAAUACUCUAAAUCUGAGAAUUGCAUGCAUCUGUGUUAAGUGAUGCAACACCCUCAGAGGAACUAUAGUCACUAAACUUGUGAGGGUAUACUCUUUGCUCUGAUCCAGACAGUUGUGUACUAACUUAUCAGGCUUUAGUCAACACUUUCAUGCUUUUCAGCUGUUCUGAAAAAAAAUAAAUCAAAACUUGUAAUAAAAAGGCAAGUUGGUAUGCAUCUAA